GGUUAAACGUUGAAGUCUCUGGUGCAUAUAUAUUAGGCAGACAGAAUUCAUAAAGAAGGCAUUUGGCUUCAGUCAAACUCUUUGCCUGAGGAGUGACCAAUACAAAAGCAAGGAAGAUCAGAGGUAGGUUUGUACCAUGGCUAAUGGCUAUGAUUACAAAACAAAGUAAAAUAGAAAUCUGAGGGCGAGUUUACAGGAGAGUAGCUUGCCUCAAUAGGCAGUUAAAUCUCAAAGGACAAGAUCAAAACAAAUUGCUAGCAGCCAGGAUUUUCCACUUUAAGGUGAAUUCCUACAGACAACAGAUAUUGUGAGAAGGAUCCACAUACCACAUUUGUCAGGGCAGCAAUGGAUGGUCAAGCUAUUUGGAAAUGGCUGAUGAUUGUAUUUACAAUUCUCAUCUCUACACAAGCUUAUCCCUAUAUGGAAUAUGAAGACUUUUCUUUAUUUGCCCAUGAAUGCCCCAAAGAAUGUGUCUGUCCCCUUAGUUUUCCACGUGCAAUGUACUGUGAAAAUAAAGGGCUGAAAGAAGUACCUCCCAUUCCAUCAAGAAUUUGGUAUCUAUAUCUUCAAAAUAAUUUAAUUGAAACACUCACCGAAAAAUCAUUUGAAAAGGCCACUGAGCUGAAGUGGAUAAAUUUAAGCAGAAAUAAUAUCAGCAGCAAAGGAAUAGGAAAUAAUGUGUUGAAAAAUCUGAAGAAUUUACUUUACUUGUUUAUUGAAGACAAUAAUCUUGAAGAAGUACCAAACCCAUUGCCAGAAAGUUUAGAACAGCUUCGAGUUGCAAGGAAUAAGAUAUCAAAGAUUCCAGAAGGCAUUUUUAGUAAUCUUGGUAACCUCACAUUAUUGGACUUACAUCAAAAUAAAAUUUCAGACAAUUCUAUUCCAAUUAAUACUUUUAAUGGGCUCAAAAGUUUGGUUCAACUUAAUGUUGCUAAAAACUCUAUCUCCAAAAUGCCAUUGGGUCUUCCCACUACGAUUGUACAGUUAUACCUAGACAACAAUAACAUUGAAGCAAUCCCAAACAACUACUUUAAGGAUAUGCCCAAGGUAGCUUUUCUUAGGCUGAACUAUAAUAAAGUUUCAGACAAAGGUGUACCUGCACAGGUGUUUAAUAUAACUUCCAUGUUAGACUUGCAACUGUCUCACAAUGAACUGACAUCUGUGCCUCAUGUCAAUGGCCAUCUGGAACGUCUUCACCUUGAUAACAACAAGAUAAAAAGUCUAAAUGCAACUGACGUCUGUCCCAAUGAAGUCAUAGAAGAACAUGACCCACAUUUUCCUAGAGGACCUCGUCUCCGUUAUUUACGUUUGGAUGGAAAUGAAAUUCAGCCACCAAUUCCACUUGACCUCAUAAUAUGUUUUAGGCUUCUUCAGACUAUUGUCAUUUAGACCUUUUUAAAUUAGUAAGUUUUGCUGCCAUGUAACUUGCCAUCUGAUUAUGACAUCAGGCCAUAUCUUAAGGAUAUUUUCUUUAAACUGAUUACUGAAAGUGUAGUAAUAACCUCAGAGAAUCCUUACUAUAUAUAAAAACCUGACCACUGCAAUUCGUGUAUAUUUAAAUUAGAAAAUUGAAUUGCAUUUUUGCUAAGUAUAUAUUUAACUACUCAUGCAGGAGAUUAUCCUAUUAACUUUGCUUAUAUUUAAAAAGAAGAGUGAUAUCCUUUAGUCUCAAUGUAAAUAAAAGCAAAUACUUCAUUCAUUAAACAAUAUUCUCCUUACUUUAUGCAUAGCAAUGAUUUAUCUAAAUAAUAAUACAUGUGCAGCAGUGAAAUAUUUGGUUUGUACGAAUCUUUUAGAACAAAUAUUCCGAAAAAAUUGUUUUUCAGAAUAUUCGUCUGCUCGACUAUUUGGUAGGAGGCUUAGCACAGCAGAUCCCAUGGGCUGUGCUAAAUGACUGCUCCUUUAAAGCAGGCCCUGGGAUCCACUGGGCUAAGCCUCCUAUUAGUGCAGAUCUCAGGUCUCUGUGAAGAAGGGUUGGGGUCAGUGAGGCUCUUCAGUGCUCUAGAGGUAUUUAACCCUUUACUGCUAAUUUAAAGGAAAUUAAUGAAUAUUGAUGAAUUUUGUCAGUAUUUCUUUAUUUUCUUUUAAUUAGUGCAUUUGUUCGGAUAUUUGUUUAGUGAAAAUUAAAUGAAUAUCUGUGUUUUCGUUAUAAAAUGUUCAAGCCUAUAAAUAAUUAUGUUGUUUAUUCAAAUAUUCAGAUUUAAAUGAUUAGUUGUGAAAUCAGACAUUAAUAACUAAAUAAAUGAUGCAAUUUAAAAUAUAUAGGACCUCAUUUAUAAAGCAGCAGAACGCAGAGAACAUGUCAGCCUCUACUAGCAACCAGUGAUCCAGAUUCAGAUAGAUCAUAUCAUUUUCAACCACUUUCUAAUUUACUUCUAUUAUCAAUUUUGCUUCAUUCUCUUGGUAUCCUUUGUAGUAGCAGCAAUGCAGUACUGGGAGCUAGCUGAACACACUGGGUAAGCCAAAGAGAAGAGGCAUAUAUGUGCAUCCACCAAUAAGCAGCUAGCUCCCAGUAAUGCGGCUCCUGAGCCUACUCUAGCUAUACUUUUAAACAAAUGGUAACAAAAGAUUUAAGCAAUUAAGAUAAUAGAAGUAAGUUUUAAAAAUAGUUUAAAAUUGUGUGCUCUAUCUAAAUCAUGAAAGAUUCAUUUUCAUUAUAUACUUCACUUGUACAAGCAUGAAACUAAUCACACAAGAGCAGGGGCUCUCAAGCUACUGACGUUUUCAGCUUGCAUAGGCUUCAAAGCUGAAUGAUCAGCUUCAUAAACAAAGCCCAUAGUGCUCAGUUUUUCUUUGUUUCAUCUAAAAUUACAUAUUUUGAAAAGCAUUACAAUAAUUUGUGUUUUGAAUCUUUUGGUUUUUUUUCCAGAGCAGAGAAAAAACAAACACUUUUUUUUGUCACUCAUAUGAAGCUUGUCCCUGUCAGCCAUCUUGCCUCUUGUACUUUCUCUGCCAGAGAGCAAACAACAAAAAUGUCUGUAUAAGUAGUGCACAAAUGUGCAUUUCCUAAUAGUUUUAUUUUUAUUUUGGACUUCCUUUAGUUAAGUAUUAAGUAAAAAUAUUUGUAAAAAAUUUAAGCCCAGAGUUCAAGUUUAGUGCUAACGCCUGCGUAGGCCACGAUAUCUAAAUCGCUGGGCUGCGCUAAAAUUGCACGUUUAAGGGCGCACAAUAAAUUAGCGCUCUACUUAUAAUCUAGCCCUGUAUUGUUGUAAUAAAUAGCCUUACCAUCUAGAGAAAAGUACUACAUGCUAGUUUCUCAUUCUUAAAGAGACAUGAAAACCAUAGAGCAUGCAAUUUGAAACAACUUUAAACAACUUUCUAAUUUAUUUCUAUUAUCACAUUUUGUUUUUGUUCUCUUUGCAUCUUUUAACUUUAUCUUUUAUUAUUAUAAUUUGCUUUUAUGAUUAAAUUAGCUUCAUUACCAUGGUAUUUGUUUGUUGAAGAGAUACCUAGGUAGUCGUCUGGAGCACUACAUGACAGGAAAUGGUGCUGCAAUCUAGUGCUCUUGCAAAUGGAUAAUAUUCUUGCAAAACUGCUGCCAUAUAGUGUUCUAGACCCCUACCUAGGUAUUUCUUCAACAAACAUGGGAAAUAAGCAAAUUAUCUAGGUAUUGUAUUAGUUAUGUAAAUGAUUACAAUUCAGGUGUACUGACCUUUAUUCCUCCAUAACCAAUUUCUUAAUAUAAUAAUAAAACUAAAUUUAAAAUAGUGCAAAUGUUUUUUUAUGAUUAUAUUUUACAAAUGUUAUAUACAUCAUGUGCAUGUGAAUAGUUACAUUUCAGACUUUGUUUAAAAACAGUAUUACAUUGUACAACCUAUCAUUUGAACACACAAUAUAUAUAUACUGUAUAUACACAUUAAUAUAUUAGUGAUUCAAAGAUAUUAACAUAUUAUUACUGUAAAGGGACAUAACACCCUUUAUGCUAAGUCACUUGAUGAUGCAGCACUACUGUAAAAAAGUUGACAAAAUAUAUUUCCUGAACAUCUCUGUGUAAAAACGUAAGUUAUUUACCUCACAAUUUCUUCAGCUCACAAUAGUAAGUGUUCUGUGAACAGUUAUCCUUCAGCACCUGUCAGCUGCAUGUUGAAAAAAAAAAAGUCAAUUUGCUUCAUCAGUGCUUUUGUCACACUCUGCUUUACUCGGAUCUCAUGAGAUGUUAUUGAAAUUUCUGGAGAUUCUAUACUAAACUUCCUUAAACUGAGGAGGGAAAUAAUAUGACUGCCUGCACAUGCCAGAUACAAGCUCCUUUGCAAAUCUCUGGACUUGCAUCCUGUUUGGCUACUUUAAAGGACCACUCAAUGCAGUAGAAUUGCAUAAUUCAAAUGAUUUAACAUUUUCAAAUAAGCAGUAGAUUUUUUUCUGACACAUUUAUUUUUCUCCCAUUUUCCGCCCCCCUGUAUCAUGUGACAGACAUCAGCCAAUCACAGACUAGUAUAUGUAUAUCCUGUGAGCUUGUGUACAUGCUCAGUAGUUCCCAGAAAGUAGGCGUAUAAAAAGACUGGGCAACAUUUGGUAAAUGAAGUAAAUUGGAAAGUGUCUUAAAAUUGUCUUAAAACUGUAUGCUCUUUCUGAAUAAUCAUCAUUUAUUUUGACUUGAGUGUCCCUUUAAGUCCAUUUAAAAUAGGAUUGCGCUACUGAGGACAUUUUUAGGUAAAAUAUUUAGCUUUUUUGUUCAUUUGAUAUUUUCUAGUAAGCUUUUCAAAGCUAUGCUUGUAUGCUGCAUCAAUUGCAAGUGCUUUAGCCUUUAACAUUUGGGUAUCAUAUCCCUUUAAUAUUUGACAAUGUCAUUUUGAAUAGUUAGGAUUGGGGAAAACCUAUAUAAAAAAAUACUAACCUAAUUUUCCUUUAUUGCCAUUUUAAUCGAGCUAUUUUAAAUGAUGAACUUUAAAUUAUAGGCUAGGUGAAAUAGAUGGGAUUUGUAAUUCCAGUUUUGGAAUUGUUUAUUAAUAGUUUUUACUUCCUUCAUUUGUACAUUAUUUUCCCCCUGUUAUUUGUACUAAGGAUAUCCAAAUGAUAUCUAAUACAUCACCUCAUAAGUGACAUAUCCUAUGUGUAUAUUAUUUACAUUACUUAAAAGUUUAAUAAUCAUGUUAAAUUGUUGCAUGUAGCCUAAUGAUUAUUGUAUGUUUUAAGAAUGAUAAACUGACUUCUCUGCAAGGUUUUUUUGUAAUCUGUAGAUGUAAAUGUGUGUUAAAGUGAUUAUAACUUUGAUGACAUAUGUGGUGACACAACAGACACAAAUUUACAAAACAAAUGAAAAAGUUAUGUAAUUCUAACAUUAAAGUAAAAAUAACAAA